AUGGUAUGGCCGUUCGGAUCACCGCCACCAGAUCGCGACAAGUCUGAGCCCAACGACAAGCGACGGCCAAUUGCAUGGGACAAGUCUCUUGGGGAGGUCGCAGGCCCGUUUGAGGCGGCCAAACAAUGGGCGCCCAUGGUGGUUUCUUCGCUGGUUGGCCUCGCCGCGCUGCAGCUCUACGCAAACUACCUGCGGCGAAUACCCGGGGCGGCAUUCAUCAAGCCGUCGGCGUUUCGCAAGAAGACACUGUUUGGCCGUGUGACGAGCGUCGGGGAUGGUGACGGCUUUCACCUGUUCCACACGCCCGGCGGCCGGGGCGUAGGCUGGGGCUGGCUGCGAAAGGUGCCCGAAAAAAGACGAGAGCUCAAGGAUCGCACCAUAUCAAUUCGACUCGCUGGCGUCGACGCGCCCGAGGGAGCCCACUUCGGACGACCAGCACAGCCGUACGCGGACGAGGCGCUGAAAUGGCUGACAAACUAUAUCCUGCACCGAAAUGUGCGGGCGCAUAUUUACAAGCGAGACCAGUACAACCGCGUCGUCGCGACCGUUUACGUCUGGCGGUUCCUGAGGCACCGCAACGUGGGGCUGGAGCUGGUAAAGCGAGGGUUGGCGACAACGUACGAAGCGAAAUCGGGUGCUGAGUUCGGCGGUCUGAAGGAUGUUUAUGAAAAGGCGGAAGCAAACGCCAAGAGGAAGAGGCUGGGCAUGUGGUCUGGCAAGGCCAGCGAGUUUGAGAGCCCGCGCGCGUACAAGAGUCGAUCUGCUGGCCAGGAUAGCCAGUAA